GCCACGUGACUAAUCGCUUUGUUUCUCUAUUGUGCCCGCCUCCUUCAUCUUCUACGUUAUCUUAAUUGUGUAUUAUAUAUGAUUAUGAUUAUUAUUGUUGAUCCAAGAUCAAGGUUUAGACUUUUGUAUCAAAUCGAUUUAGGGUAUGGAAGUAGCCGCCGUGAAUUUUGAGAAAUAGAGUAAAACGGAGAAUGUUAGCUCCUGGUGUUUCCAAAGAGGAUCAGCCAAGAAUGCAGAACCUCCCUGAUGAUGUUUUAUGCAAAAUAUUCAUCCGUUUACAGGCACGUUUGGUUGCUCAAAUGAGAUGUGUAUCUAAACCCCUGAAUGCUCUUUUAUCUCAACCCUUCUUUAUUAAAUCUCACCUUAAUCGUUCAAUCGACAACCACUAUAAAAUUCCAUUGAUCUUUGGAAGACUAAGCAGAUUACACAACAAACUAUUCAGGGUGCACCCGUUUCAAAAAUGUAUUCAACUCCCUGCUAACGCACCAUCUGGACAUGCAUGUUGCUUUAUUACCGGUUCCAUAAAUGGCUUAGUAUGCUUUUCUAGUUAUAGAAACCCGUGUGUUAAAGGUUCCAUUCACAUUUGGAACCCUUCUCUCUCUGCCUUUUUAACUCUCUCACCGGGAUCUAAUAUUCACUCAGAGGGUUUUCAUGUCCUUGUUCGGUUUGGUUUUGAUCCAAAAACCAAUGACUACAAAGUUGUUAACCUUAACUUUUCGGAACAAGGAAAUACAUACACAUGUUAUGGAGGAAUUUUUUCCUGUAAAAAGUGGCUGCAAGUUGAGGUUUAUAGUAUGCGAAAGGGUUCUUGGCAUUCAAUCACUCAAAGGUUUCCAUCACAUGUUACUAGGAUUCAUUAUCAAAAUUAUCUUUGCGCAGAUGGACUUGAUGGUCAUGUUUAUUGGGUCGGUGAUCUUGGUAAGGAGAGGAAGCUACAAACAAUAGUUGUAUUUGAUCUUGGUGCGGAGACUUUCAAGGAGAUAGCUCUUCCAGAUUCUAUAGCGUAUGAUAAUGGAAAUAAGCUAGCUGUUUUGGGUGGAAAUAUUUGCUUGAUUUCAUCAAGCGGAGGUAGAGAGGGUCAGAGUGAGGUUUGGAAAAUGGAGAAGUAUGGGGUGGCUGAAUCGUGGGUGAGAACCCAUAUUUUUCCACAAAGUUGUGGUAUUUUAAGCCCAGCUGGAUUCACAUUGAGUAAUGACCUGCUUAUAGUAUCUAAGUCAGAGGGUCAAAUAGCAUGGUACAAUCUAGAUACAGCAAAGGUCAAAUACAUUGACAAUAACGAUGAUAAUAUGAACAAUCUCCACGUACCUGGAACCGUAAAUGUUUGGUAUAUUGACAGUCUCGUUUGGGUAGCACCUCCUAAACGCAGUGUGGGAUGGAAAGAUGGUCUCCACUGCGACUUCAAAAGAUGGAUUGGCUCAAAGGUUAACGAUAAAAAGUGGCUUCAAGCCUUCAAGAGAUUUAUUUGUGAGGAACGGGAAGGAGAAAAUUGCAGGCAGUGAAUUACAGAAAUUGAUGGUUUUGAGCAUAGGUCUAAGUCAGUGAAGAGUGUGGUACUGUGGUAGAAUAAUAACGAUGUCGUUGUUCUCCUCACCUUCUCUUUCUCUUCACCCCAAACACCCAAUUGUCAUUGGGUUGCCACCGGUGAAGGAAAAUGAGAAUUCAUAUAUCAAAAUCCACCAUCAAUGGCCAUGUUGAUUUAUGAUAGUUUGGUAAACCAGUAUCUAUACGCAUAGACGUGCUCAUCUUUUACUACCCUUGCGGUAAGAGGUGGAAGAAUGAAACACCCCAUCGUCAUUGGGUGGCCACCGGCAAAUUGGAGGCUAAAUGGCAUACCACUUUACUGUCUUGUGGAGCCUCGCCUGGAUGACAUGGUGUUGAGUCAUGGAUUCGCUGAGAGACUCAGCGAGGUACUUCAUCAGUGAGCUCUCAACGACCUCUAUUAUCUUCGAGUUAAAGGAUAAGUUCAAUGACUAACCACCAUAUUUUGUAAGUCAAAUAUGGGCAGGAAAAUGAAGAUAAGAAGGAUGGUCCCAAGAAUACGUGGUGCAAGAUCAAGAUGAAGCCAUGUGACCUUGUACCGAUUUAGUACUAAGGAGUUUCUCUUUCAUGCCGUUUUAGGAAACA